AUGAAACUUUGCACUUCUAAUAAUUCUACUCUACAAGUAAAUAUAAAACAGGAAGAUAUAGUGGGAAGUACUUCAGACUACAGAGGAACAGCGUGCAGGUGAAGGCCAAGAUAUGAAAGGAAAAUACUUCUUCUAGCUCUCCUUACUCUAGCUCGCUCCAAAAGUCAAAGUAGGCAUUUGUGGUGAUAAGACACGUAGCUAAAUGAAUUGACCGCGAAAAAAGCUUGACCUAUGAAGUAGGCUGACGUUACAGUGAUUGUGGACAACUCAAGUUGCUGUAGCUGUUACUAAUGAGGACAUGUAAUAACGUUCCUAUUAGAGCUUGUGCAAGAGCUAGCUACGCGUUGUGUGGACCGUUCAAUUUGAAUAUUUUUAGUAGUAUUUCUAUUAAGAAGAAUUUGUUUUCACUAAGCUUAUUUUAAUGAGUUAAGUUUUACGUUUUCUCGAAUUCUAAUUUUUAACAUUGCUUGCUAUAGCUAUGGGGAUACGCUUUAGCUUGGUUUAACGCUAAAGCCAUUCUUGAAGAAGUUGCCUGAUUACAAAUUAAGGCGCAUUCUAAUUUUAGGUUUGAAUUAAAAGCAACAAGAGGAAGACUAUUAUCUAUUCUAAUAUUUAUCUGCACAUAUUCACGUCCUAUGUCCAUUUGCCUGAAAUCCUCUUUCAAGUCAUGUCAACAGAAUAAUAUACCCAAGGUUUUUAACCCAACAAAGAUUUUCUUUUCACAUUUUGUGCAUUAUGUUAUUAACGUUAAGGCGGAAAAGCUUGAGAGGUUUUAUGUGGAAGUAAUGUUUCCAUUUGGCUCGCGUUCACCUUUAUCUCAGUUCCAAACAAAGCUUCGUCUCUGGUUUCGACGGGAAAAUUUCAUGAACUUCCAUAACAUCAAAAAAGUCAAGCUCAAAAGAAAUGUUGAAAAAAAGACAUAAUAAAAAGGUUUAAAUAAUACGUUAAGUUACACGAGAGGUUCAGCACGGUGACUUUAAUCUGCGAAAGUCCUUAUCCAUGCCAAGUUUAACGCUUUAAACCCUAAGAUCGAAAUUAAAAUUCUCCUUUGCCGCCCCUAUUCAUUUCUGAUUUACUAUAGGAGUAGUGGGGAGAAGUUGAUAAAAUAUCAAGCAAAUUCAUCUUGUGUGAUCAUGUCCGUAAUUCUCAUAACCACUCUGUUUUACAAAGCAUUCCUAUUACAAGGAGAAAUUUGAUGCUGAUAACUCUUAGGGUUUAAAGGGUUAAGGAUGGAUUGACUCCUUACAGUCGACUGUUUCAUCAAGCGAUUGCUGAUGACGGUGAAGACAAUGAUGAUGAUUGUAGUUCUGAUAAUGAUGAUGAUUAUGAUGAUGAUGAUGAUGGUAAUGACGACAACGAUAAUGAUGGUGAUGAAGAUGGUGAUAAUGAUGACAACAAUGAUGAUGAUACUUGUGAUGAUGGUAGUGAUGAUGGUGGUGGUGGUGUUAGUGGCGAUGAUGAUGAUCAUGAUGAUGACAAUGAUAAUGAUGAU